CAGAUAUUUUCAAACCACAAAUCUGUUCCUCUCCUCUUGACGGCCUUUUAGAGGUUUCUGGUUCUCAAAAAAUGAACACAAAUCUUAGAGCUGAACUGGACCAUUCCAGCACCACACCAAAGGAUGGAAAAGCUUCAGCCAGUGCUGGAUUUCUUCCUUAAUCACCAGAAACUCCUGGGCUACAGUACAGUGUCUCUGCUGACUGCGGGUAGUGAGCGUGUCUUUUCUGUGGUGGUGUUCCAAUGCCCGUGCAACUCCUGGAAUAUGCUUUAUGGUGGUGUGUUUCUGCUGAUACCUGCACUUAUUCUGUUUCUGCUGGGCUUGCUCCUCAGUGCCCGUUCUUGGAAGGUGCUCACUGGAUGUUGUUCCAAAGGUAGACCAUGUAGAUGUCCUCAUGGGAGUCGCCUCCAGCACCACUUACGAGUGUUGGGGUUUGUAACACUCGGUGCUGCUGUGGCUCCCUUCACGUGGAUUGCUGUGGCCUUACUGGGAGGAAGCUUCUAUGAAUGUACUGCUACUGGGAUCCCCAUCCUACAGAGAUACAUGUGCAAAAGCAAAGGAGAAGAAUGUAUCACAAGUCUGUUAAAAGUGCCCUGUCUCAGCACUUCCUCUCCUGAAGAAAUGGAGAUACUCACAAGCCUUCGAGCUCAAUCACAGGUGUUUGGAUGGAUUUUGAUUGCCAGUGUCUUCACAGUGGCCCUUCUUUCCACCUGCAUUGCUCGCUGCCGUUCUCCAGUCAGUGUUCUUCAGCUUGCAUUCUGGAAAAUAUAUCUGGAGAAGGAGCGACAACUUUUUGAGAACAAGGCCAAAGAACACGCCUCUAAGUUGGCAGACAGGAAUCUUAAAAGUUUCUUUGAGUCCACUGAGCUGGAACCAUUUCAAACUCCAAGCACCAAAGCCUGGGAUAACAUUUCCUCCUUGUUUGCCUUUAAUCCUAAAGGCAAUUACUACAGUAUGAUACAUAAAUAUGUCAGCCAAAAAUCGCAUAGUGAGAGCAUUAAGUCUGCUGAAGGAGAUAUAUAUCCUGCUUGUUUGCAAUUUGUAGAUGGAGCAAAUGCUGAAGUCCAAAUAUUGUAACAACAACAGCAACAACUGUAACCUGAGAAAAUGUCUCAGACCAGACCCUCCCUAGUUCUCACAAAGAUGGAAGGGGAAAACCUAUUCACUUACAAGAUUCUGUUACUGUGACUUUCUAAUAAAACUAGUAUUAGCAUUCCCAAAUUUGGUUUCCUAGUCUGGUCUACGUUGAAGGGCUGAGAGGUAUACAGGCUUGUUAAUAGCGAUACUAUGCAUUAUUUCUUUACUUUACCUUCUUGGAGUGCUCAUGACUCUUAUUGUCAAGUUUUCAUUUAAUAAGAAGCAAAACUGCUUCUGCUUUCUCCUGAAUUUAGUCUCAUGACAUUUCUUCUCCAAAUGUAAUUUUUAUUAAGAAAUUUAAUUACAAUAGUAAAUACCAAUACCAAUUAAACAUAGAGAAA